AUGUUCCAUUAAUUUAGUGCAGAGAUUCUUUUGCAUCCUCCAAAUCUUGUUCAAAUUGUUUAUUCACCACUCAAUAUGAACAUCCCUAUCUUUUAUGGAAAAGCCAAUACUUCAUUUUCUCUAUUUUCAACCAUUAUUCCUUUCUACCCAUACUUGGGACAAUCAUACCUUUAUAACACCUUUAACCAUACACACUCUCUUCUUUAUCUCUCUAUAUUCUUCACUCUCUCUCUAGUUAGUUGACGCCGCCGACCACCUUUUCCGAACCCAGGUUAGUAAUCUCAGCAACUUGCAUACAUAAUAGCCUAACAUAUUUUCCCUUGUCGUUGGGAGAAGUGACCAAUUAUGGCACAGAUACUUGCUCCUAACAUGCAAUGUCAGAUGAAGUUCUCCAAAGGCUCGACAAGUUCAAUGACAUUAAGUCCUUGGACUUCCAUAUUUCUGAAAGAAAACCAAAAGAAAUCGAUUAAAUGCCCUAGUAAGUUCAGAGUAUGUGCUUCUCUCAAGUCUGAAAACAGCACUGUAAACAGGGUGGAGCAGCUACUCAACUUGGAUGUCACUCCCUACACUGACAAGAUUAUUGCGGAGUACAUUUGGAUUGGAGGAUCUGGUAUUGAUGUCCGUAGCAAAUCAAGGACUAUCUCUAAACCUGUUGAGCACCCAUCUGAGCUUCCCAAGUGGAAUUAUGAUGGCUCAAGCACAGGACAAGCUCCAGGAGAGGACAGUGAAGUAAUCUUAUACCCUCAAGCAAUUUUCAAGGAUCCAUUCCGUGGUGGUAAUAAUAUCCUUGUAAUUUGUGACACAUACACCCCAGCAGGUGAACCUAUUCCCACUAAUAAAAGAUACAGGGCUGCACAGAUAUUCAGCAACCCAAAGGUUGUUUCUGAGGUUCCAUGGUUUGGAAUAGAGCAGGAGUACACUUUGCUUCAACAAAAUGUUAAAUGGCCAUUGGGAUGGCCUGUGGGAGCCUAUCCUGGUCCUCAGGGUCCAUACUAUUGUGGUGCUGGUGCUGACAAAUCUUUCGGACGUGACAUAUCUGAUGCUCAUUACAAAGCUUGCUUGUAUGCUGGUAUUAACAUUAGUGGCACAAAUGGAGAAGUUAUGCCUGGCCAGUGGGAAUUCCAAGUUGGUCCAAGUGUUGGCAUUGAAGCUGGAGAUCAUAUCUGGUGUGCUAGAUAUAUUCUCGAGAGAAUUACUGAACAAGCUGGUGUGGUUCUAACUCUUGAUCCAAAACCUAUUGAGGGUGAUUGGAAUGGUGCAGGUUGCCAUACAAACUACAGUACAAAGACCAUGAGAGAAGAUGGUGGUUAUGAAGCAAUUAAGAAGGCAAUUUUGAAUCUAUCAUUACGCCACAAGGACCAUAUCAGUGCAUAUGGAGAAGGAAAUGAACGAAGGUUGACAGGGAAGCACGAGACCGCCAGCAUCGACACAUUCUCUUGGGGUGUUGCCAAUCGUGGUUGUUCUAUCCGUGUGGGUCGUGACACGGAAAAGGCAGGCAAAGGUUAUCUAGAAGAUAGGCGGCCUGCUUCAAACAUGGAUCCAUACGUGGUAACAGGUUUGCUCGCAGAAACUACAAUACUUUGGGAACCCACACUUGAGGCCGAGUCACUUGCAGCUCAAAAACUCGCUCUUAAUGUGUAGUUCCAACCAUAAAACAAACCAGAAUAUCGCAUAAUCUUGAGUGAGGGAACUGUUUCACGUGCCCAGAAUUUGCUUUUUUUUUUUUUAGUUUUUAGUAUCCUGGGACUGGGACUGGGUAUGUAUUUCUUCACCUUUGAUUCUGGUCGUUUGUUUUGGGAGUUAGAAGAGAAGAAUAGUUUGUGAUUGUCACCUAUUUAUUUAAUUUUUGCUCUUAUGAAGCUCAAGCUCAGCAUUAGUUCUAUUCCAGUUUAAAGAAUGUACUUUUAAAUCCUUUGCUAUUUUGCCUACUAAUUAAGUCUAUAUUCUUAUGUUUCA